AUGGACCCCGAUUGUGAAGACUCUGUGAUGUCGCCGUCCGCCAACCAACUCACAGAUGGGAAGAGCAGAGAUGAGUCAUGGUGGUGCAAGCAGGAGCUGGCGGGCGUCGAGGUGCGCCUGCUGGACCAAGACACCUGGCGGCAGUUCUCGGAGGUGGGCACCGAGAUGAUCGUCACCAAACCUGGAAGACGCAUCUUCCCGGAGCUGAAGGUGUGCGUGUCGGGCCUGGAGGCCGGCGAGCAGUACGUUGUGGCGCUGGGGGUGCGGCUUAGCUGCGUGCAGCGUUUCCGCUUCCACAAGGGCCGCUGGGCGGCGUGGGGGCGCGCCGACCCGCCGCGGCGCGCGCCCGCUCGCAACCUCUUCCUGCACGCCGACGCUCCCGCCGACGGCCGGCAUUGGAGCCGCUGUGCCGUCUCCCUGUACGCCGCCAAGCUCACCAACGACCCCGCCUCGAGUGUGCCGCUCGGCGCUCAGAUACUGGUGUCGUCCAUGCAUAAGUACGUUCCAGUUGUGCACAUUUUCAAGACAAGCAGUUUGAUGAACUUAGAAACCUGUCAGAAAGCGAGCUUCAGCUUCCCAGAAGCAGAAUUUAUUGCUGUCACUGCUUAUCAGAAUGACGAUUUGGCAGCCCUUAAAAUUCGCAACAACCCAUUUGCCAAGGCAUUUAGAAACAAGCUCACAAGGCGACAGUCUAAUGUGGACGUGGCAGAGGUAUCUUCCAGUAAGUACAACUGCAAUAUUUAA